AGAGACUGCGCCGUCUUCUCCGCACGGACUCUGCCGCACUCGUAGUUGCACUUUCAACUGCAGUCCCGCGAGGAAGCGGCCACUCGAAGCUCUGCUGCUUUGCCAAUGGAAAAUAAUGCAAGGAUCAAUCAGCUCACAAUGCAUUUUCGACUUGGACAGAGAGAGGAUAUAAACACAUCAGUAUGGGAUUUAUGACUAUGUCCUAAAUGGCUCGAACGUUUUGUUAUGAACGUGAUUAACACGAUGGGAUAACAACCAGGAAAUGCUACAUAAUUUAAAAUGCAAGCAAAAACUGGGAACGCUCCCUGUGUACUGUUGAAAUGACAAUCUGAUAGGAAACUCGUUGUAGACCUGCGAAGGUAUCAAAAGCCAUGCGUAUUUUUUCAAAUGCCAGCGCUAGUGGAUACUUUUUUCCAGAUUAUUUCUGGAAAAUCAUUUUUUAACAUCCUUACUCUAAUGGAUAUCGAGGAAGUAUUGAUCAAACAUACCUCAAACGAAACAUCUUGGAAGAAAAAUGAAAAGGGGAAUGUAAAUAAUCGCUUACACCUUCUUCAGGAAAAUGUGUGUGUGUGUGUUUUUCUGUGUAACCUCUGUAUACUGAUUUGAAACUACAGCAGAACCAUAACCAUGCAGUUUGGUUGACUUAUUUAUUUCACAUUUUUUUAUUUAUUUAUUUUAUUUUGUUUACUUUUAUUUAUUUAUUCUGAACUAUUUCUCUUCCAAGCUUCUGGAACGUCAAUGCUGAAGAUUUGCAAGGGGAAAAUCGAUUCUAGGUGCGAAAGAGUGAAGUUUUGAGCAUCUGAAAUCUUAAUCGUGUGCCGGGAACACUAUAAUUUGAAGAUUAAAGCACUUCAAGGAAAAUCAGGGGAAUGCUGAGAAUCAGUUUGAAAACCUAAGUGACAAUGUCUUUAAAAGACACUAAAAAAACUGAGGGGACGGGGUUUGUCCACUUGAAGACAUUUGUUUCCUUUUAACUCUUUUUUAUGUGUAUUCUCUAAAAAAAGAGUACAAAUCCUUCGCUCCAAUAUACACGUAUCAUUUCUUUUCUUUGAACACUUUUACAAAGUCGACUUGAGUGAAAUCCCGUGUGUCUUUCGGCCGAAUGUCGCUUCAAGCGCUGCUCUGCUGGUCGCUGUCCGUCGACUCGGUGCUGAAAUUUGGAUGAUGACCGGUCGCAGAUUACAAGGCUGCCGCUCCCGGUUUCACAUCAACGAAGAUAACGGCAGGUUUCUUCUGCUUGCAGUCCUCAUCGCGCUUUAUUUGCUGUGUGGAGCAGCAAUCUUUUCCGCCAUCGAGAGACCGUGGGAGUUAAAAGCACAGGAUCAGUGGAAUCGGACUCUGCACAACUUCAGCGGAGCUUUCAAUGUUAGUCUGGCGGAGCUGCGCACGCUUCUGCGAGAGUACGAAGUGGCCAUCGCCGCAGGGAUCCGUGCAGAUUCUCUACGUCCGCGCUGGGACUUCACCGGAGCUUUCUACUUCGUUGGAACCGUGGUGUCCACAAUAGGUUUUGGAAUGACGACGCCAGCAACAGUUACUGGCAAAGUGUUUCUGAUCUUUUAUGGACUGCUGGGGUGUGCAAGCACCAUCUUGUUUUUUAACCUCUUCUUGGAGCGCAUCAUCACUCUUCUGGCAGUCAUCAUGAAAGCCUGUCGUGAGAGGCGGCUGCGAAGGAAUGGCCUGAUGCCCCCAACCAUCCACAGGGCUUCGGCCUUCUCCCAAUCGGAGAGCCUGGCUGGUUGGAAACCAUCUGUUUACUACGUCAUGAUGAUCCUAGGCAUUUCGGCCAUUAUCCUGUCAUGCUGUGCUUCUGCCAUGUACACCCCCAUUGAGGGUUGGAAUUACAUCGACUCCCUCUACUACUGCUUUGUUACCUUUAGCACUAUCGGCUUUGGGGACUUGGUGAGCAGCCAGAAUGCUGCCUACGAGAACCAGGGAUUGUACAGAUUUGGCAAUUUCCUCGUCAUACUAAUGGGUGUUUGCUGCCUCUACUCUCUAUUUAACGUUAUUUCUAUCAUUAUUAAGCAAAUGCUCAACUGGAUGCUGAAAAAGCUGGAGUGCCAAUGCUGCCAAGGGUGUCACAAAAGUAAUGCAUUCCUGGGGAGGCGCAAUGCCAUCACUCCUGGCUCCCGGAUCCGCAGGAAUCACUUUUCCAUGGAAGCCGAGCAGCAAUAUGAUAGCGACAUAGAUGGACGGAGGCUCUCGGGCGAGAUGAUCUCCAUGAGGGAUCUGACUGCUUCCAAUAAGGUCUCACUGGCCAUCAUGCAAAAACAUCUUUCAGAGACGGCUAAUGGUUUCCCACGGACUGUCUGCAUGAGCAAUCGGCACAAUGGCUUCUCUGAUGGAGUAGGGGCCUUGGCCAUUAUGAAUAACCGUCUGGCAGAGACCAGUGACACCAGGUAGACAGACUGAGAGUGGGAUUUUAAGAGGUCAGGAAUUUCGUUUUUUUUUUUUUUUAAAUAAUGUCUGUAAAAGGUAAAAAAAGAACACAGAUAUAAUUCAGUUUUUUAGCAAUUGGCCUCACACUGGAAGGUAGUUUGUAUUUUUGAAGGAACAUGAAUCGUCCUUACCCAGGAGAGCUGCAGUGGCUGCAGGUUUAUGUUGCAAUCUAUUAAAAAUGAAAAACAUCUCUUGACUAAAAGGUUAUUUUGCGUAAUUACACUAUUUACAACUUUGAAUUAGCUGUUUUUUUACCCAUUUCUAUAGUCUUUUUGCAAAUUUUCUGAUGACCCUGUCAUAUAUUGCCCUGUAUUUAUACAUGUGUAAUGACAAUAAAGUGAAUCUAAUCUAAUCUAAUAUGUCUAUCCUGUAAAAAGUGAACUGCACUUAAUACAGUGCAUUCAAAAACACUGCAGCGCUCAUCUCCGCUCAGCUUCAUGGCACAGAUAUGGGGCUUAAAAAGUUCUGAAAGUUUUUUCAGACAUCAGCAGAUGUCUAUAUCCACUAACCUUCACAUUUUGAACUUUUUAAAUCCAGAAAACAUCAAGUAAGGGAGCUAUUGUCUGAAAUCAAAGCAAGUAAAGAAACCUACAGCCACGGCAGAUCUCCACCACAGGACCACCACGUAACACAACCUGGAGUGAAUAACAUGUCCGCAUCAUUAUAUCAAUGUCUAGUGACGUGCAACCCAAAUAUCCUGACUAAUGUCAUCAUAACCAGAGCAAUUUGUGCCAUCUCUUCUGGGAAUAAGAAGAUCCUCUCAUCCAGUCUGCGCCUCAUUUUCUAAGCCAUCAUAACGGAAACUCAAAGUACGCCUAAUGAUGCAAAGACAUCUAAUCGAUGAUUAAACAAUCUUGUUCAAAAAUAAUAAUAAUCUAGACUCUCCAAAAGUUGAAAGUCUUUGGUCAAAAUAACAGAAUCAUUUGUGAGAUGUCAAUAGGGAAGAGAAAGGCCAAAAAGCAUAAUAUAAUAGCAAAAUAUGUGACAUGUUAGAAACAGAGAACAGUACAACAUAUACAAAGGACUUUACACAGCAUUUUUGAUAGAUCCUUAAAUAGGUUUAUUUUUAUUAUUAUUUUUUAAAUUAUUGCAUGGCUGAUAGAACUGAAUGACUUGAGUAGCUAGCAAUCUGACAUUCUCUUGAGUACCUGCCUAUAAUGUGGUCCUAGGGCCUACAAGGUGGCACUCGGCCUAUACAUGCACCGUGGAAGGACACCCAGAACUGCGAAUUACCAAGUAAAGCUGUCACUAAUAAGCCCCCCGUCACAGGUAAGCACACUGCAGUGCUGCAAGAAGCGGCCCCACACAAUCACUCCGGUCCUUGAAGUCCAGCAGACUGACUCAGAGACUGCUUUUGUUUUUAUCAAAUUCUUACAUUCUGUUGGACACAUUGGACCACUCCAGAAAAGGCUGCACACAAUAGGGGGGACAUUCAGUCACAUAACAUCCUGUUAGAGCGCCUACUCAUUAUUUUGUGCUUUCCAGUAUACAUUACAACAAGGUACUGGAAUGUAGCUAAGGAAAGAGCAUCUCCUGUAAACAUGACCUUAGAAAGAAUUGUGACAAGGUGUCAUCGUGGAAAGAAAACAACAGGCUAUGUGAACUCUGUGAUUAAACAAAAAUUACAGAGAAAAAAGUUUUGAAAAAUAUGUUUGGCCUACUAAAGGCUUAAGAGGAACAACUGUGAGCCUAUCUUUUUUUUUAUAUAUAUGGCAGACAUACAGUAUGUGUAACCUCCAACUGGAAAAAGAUUACAGAAUUUCACUUAUAUUAAGUAGAAUAUUUUCACAUUUAACGUCAAACCAUGUGAGCACCAUUUUAGCUGUGGCACAACCAGGCCUGCAUUUCAGAGAGUCGAAUCGCACCGGACACCAUUCAGCUGUACAACCUGGGGACGAGCAAAGGGAGG